AUGUCUUUCCUCUUCCCCAGAAUCGCUUAUGCUCCCGUGCGAUGCGCACCCGCUCGCCACGAGGUCGCACCUCUAUUCAGUCUGCUCGACGACACCUUCAAUGAGCUUCAGCGGGCCACUCGCCAAGCUCAGAGGAAGACUUUCAACCCUCGCUUCAACGUCACCGAGAACAAGGAUGUCUACUUGCUAGAGGGUGAACUACCCGGCAUCGACCAGAAGAACCUCAGCAUCGAAUUCGUCGAUGAGCACACCUUGACCAUCAAGGGCCGGACUGAGUCACGAACCGAGUCUGGUCGUCGCCCAGAAGCAGUCGAGUCUGAAAAGACCCCCGCUGCCGCUGUCGAAGACACUGCCGCCUCAGAGACCAGCAGCGUGAAAUCCCACCAAGCUACUGUCGAAGAUGAGGAGGAGCAGCCCGCCAACGCCAGUGCCGCGGCGCAAGAAAACACUGAAGUCGCCGCACCAUCACCGGCAGCCGCUCCCGCCAAGGCUGAAGCACCCAAGCAGCCCGAGUCACACCGUUGGAUCUCAGAACGGCACGUCGGAGAAUUUUCGAGGAGCUUUAGCUUCCCGGCCCGGGUGAACCAAGAAGCUGUGCGGGCAUCGUUGAAGAAUGGUAUCCUCAACAUUGUCGUUCCCAAGGCGCCGGCUCCAGAGAGCAGACGCAUCAGCAUCGAGUAA